AUGAAUCUAACUAAGGAAACUAAAAAACUAGUUUGGAAACAACAAAUAGAAGCUAGGGGAAGUACUUGGAAAGUAAAGUGUGUUUCACUUUCGGAAAAUGACUUAUUAGUACUUGGUUCUGACACUGAUGAACAGAGCUCACAUUUAUUUAUUUGUGAUUUGAAAAGUUUGGAGUGGUCAACAGCCCCUCUCUUCGGGGAUGGUCCUAGCAAUUCUGAUUUUCAUUUCCCAAUAAUAUCUGAGGAAAAUGAAGGCUUGUUUGUUUUUUGGAUCAUGAGAGAAAAGGGAUUACCUGCACUUCUUGUUGCUGAUUAUGAAAAUGAAGGACUGACUCUUUCCAAAGGAGAACAAGUAUUGUUAUUUGAUAGUGAUACAAUGGAUGACGAUAUGAUAUUGUGCAUGAACAGGAAGGAUAGGGUAAUAGUGGCACCAAAAACACUGUUUGCAGUAGAAGAAGAAAAUUCAUUUUUUGAAUUUUUUGAAAGAUCAGAAAUAGUAAUUAGUUUUUUAAACUUUGCAAAUGGAAUGCAAUGGUCAAGGAUUCUAGUUGACAAUGACCAGGCACCAAGGGCUAGAAGAGAUUUCACCUGUACCAAGAUAGAUCAAAAGAUUUACUUUUUUGGAGGAAUUUCAGAUAGUGGAAUCAUUCACAAUGAUAUGUACAUAUUAGAUUUGAUUGAUUUGAAGUGGUCUAAAUGUACCUUUAAAUCUGAAGAUGAUAAGCCAACAGCUAGAUAUGGUCAUUCUGCAACUGUUCUAGAUAGCGAAUAUAUUCUGAUAUUUGGAGGAAGUGGAUAUGAAACAAAAUUUAAUGACCUGUAUCUAUUUAAUAUUUUUAGUAAGGAAUGGAGUUUGUUGGAAAUUGAUGAAUGCCCCUUAGCGAGAAGUCAUCACUCUUUUGUGAGAUUGAAUGAAUUUAUUGUUUUAUUUGGAGGAGAGGGUGAAGAAUCAAUACUGAAUGACCUAUUCAUUUUGGAUAUUGAGGAGAGUAGAUGGGAGAAAAUAGAAAACGAUUUUAAUCCAUCCCCCAGAUUUAAGCAUUUUUGUGGUUUGUUUUCUUCACAGGACUCUCUUGUAUUUUUUGGAGGAGAGAAUGGUUCAGAAAAUUUAUUCGAUAUCUACACACUGCAUGCAGAAGAUGAUAAUGAAGUGGAAUUGAUUUAUUCUUCACCUAAAUUGGAAAUAGAAGACGAGUUUCGUCUCGAAAUAAGUUCUGAAGAAAAUGACUCAACACAAGUAGAAAACGAUGUUAAUUGGUCAACUAACCAACCAGAGGAAUACGAAUUGAAUAGUUACGCAUUUAUUGAAGAAUCUGCUGAAGAAGAAGACAGAAUGGACGAAAUUGUAUUUGAGGAAAAUUCAUCAACAACAUCCGUUGUGGAGCAACCACAACAGUAUGAUCAAAUGACACAAACCUCUGUUGAUAGAGAAGAAGAAAUUUUUGACUUUUCACACGACUUUCAAACUCACAAUGAAGGUAAUGACCUGGUUAUUGAAUUUGAUACUCAUGAAUUUGUCGUUGAGGACGAAUGCUUUCUUGAACCCACUAGCUCUCAAUUGACUGAGGAAAAGGAUAUGUUGGAAGUAAUAUUUAGAAGCAUAUCUCUUGGAAACCCUACUAUUUCACUAUUUACAUUGCUAAAAAUAUGUAGAAACUGCAGAAUAACAGAAAAUUGGCUGUGUUAUGAUUCAAUCCUUGAAACCGUCUCAAAUAUCUUACAAAAGACUUUAAAUGGAGAGGAACAAAUUGAUUGCUUGGAAUUCAGGAAAAUAACAGCAGAGCUCUCGCAAAAGAGAAGUAAGAAACUCCAAGACACAACAUUCAGCCACAUGCAACUAAUUGAAACUCUGUUAAAGCCUUACUACAAAACAGUUAGUAAUCCAGAUGAUAUGUUAAUAGAGAUUUUGUCUCCAACAAUUCUCAACUUAUUCACUUCUAAAAAAGAGCAGCUUCAAGAGUUGUUUUCUGUGUAUUCAUGUCUUAAUUCAAAUUCUCAUUUUCCAGAUACAAAGGAAGUUAUGAAAUCAAAUAGUACAAUAUCUCUAGCAGAAUUUCUUUCUUUUGCAGAAACAUUUGACAUUACUCCCCACAAAAUAUCAAGAGUCCCCCUUCAAAAAACAAUAUUCUAUAAUAGUCUACCUCCUGAAGGAAGUGAAUCAUUCAAAGAGAGCAAAUCAAAAGGUUUAAACUAUCCUCAGUUUCUAGAGUCGUUAUGCAGGUUAGCAAUACAUAUUUACUCUCAACAUCCUUUCUCUAACCUAGUCAAGACGAGUAAAGAUAAAGUAGAUAUCUUUUUUAAACAUAUGGGAUUUAAGGACAUCUCAAAGUUCAAAGAGUUUUUAAAAAAAGCUGGUAUUGGUGGUAUUUCAUUUAGCCCUAGCAAGAAAAUAGCAACCAAAAUUGCAAAACCUUCCAAUUUAACAAACAGUGGAGGAUCCACAAAACAAAAACCUGACCAAAUUAUGGAAACCAAACAAAUUAUUACCGAUGAAAUAAGAAGACAAUAUGUCGAAAUGAUCCAAAACAAAUAUCUUCUCAAAGAAGAGCUAGAGAAUGUUUUUAUGUAUUACUGCUCUUUCGGAAAUAGGAUGAAUCUAGAUUUAAUGAGCUCCUCCAAGUUCAAAAUGUUCAUUAGAGAUACUAAUAUAUAUAACUAUGGUUUCAAGCAAGAGGAAGCAGAUUUAAUUUUCGUAAAAAUAUUAUCAAGUACAAAGAAGAAAUCUAACUUAUCCCAAAAGUUGACAUUUCCUCAAUUUGUAGACUGUGUAAAAGAGAUUGCCUCAAAACUUCGUAAGGAUAUAACUCCCUCUAAAGCAUUUGCACAAUUUUUACUUAUUGAUGUUUUACCAAAGGUCCAUAGGUUAGAGAAUCAAAAAUAUUUAGGCAAUGAUGAAAAGUUAAACGUUUUACUUGACAAGUUUAGAAACAAUCUGCAAAAGGCAGUUCCUCCUUUUGUUGGAAGGGAAACGGAACAGUCAAAGGUUGAAAAUGGAGGAAAUAUUGUCCCAAGUAGCAUUCAGUUCCUGUUUUUCAUGACUGCUUUUAGUGUUCCAACUCUGAGAUGA